UCGCGCGGCGUGUGUUCAGCUCUCCUGACAGACAAAUGUGGCUCACUAGAAAUUUGUCUCCGACACAAAUAAGUGAGGAAUAAAGAAUACAAAAUAUUAUCGGGAGAAGCAACAACUACUUUGCUUCAAAAUGAGUGACGACACAGACAACCCUCCUGAGAGGGAAAUGAAGGAUUUUCAGUUUCGACAAAUGAAAAAAACCAGAGUCUUUCAGCCCACUGAAGAUUUGCCAAAAGAAAGAACUAGUCUGCUUACCAUCUCAAACAAAUUCGGUUUAACUUUUGUCGGGCUCGACAGAACAUUCAAGGUUUACCAAACUCAAGACAUCCUGGGUGCUGAUAAAUUUGAUGGCAACCCCAACGAAGUAGUCGAGGGGACACCUGUAUUGGCAGACGUGACUGUGGAUCUGUCCCUGCACCACUUAGCUCUCAGUAGUGAUGAACUCACUUUGUCAGUAUGUGGUAUUUCUGAGGCGGGGGGGUUGUCCUUCACCUUCUAUGAUGUCCGCACCUUCAUGAACAAGGCAAGAACCCAGAAACUACCUUUUGCAUCACUGCUGCCUGCAGUAGCCCCUGGCUCUUUAGUGCAAGACCUGAAGUGGAAUCCUGUCCAGCCGUCAAUGCUCGCCGUCUGUCUGUCUGACGGCUGUUUGAUGAUCUUGGAUGUUACUGGCGAUGUCAAAGUGCAGGCCCAGCUACCUGCUUCAAAUGGCAUCACAUGUAUUGGCUGGAGUCCAAAAGGAAAACAAGUUGCUGCAGGGAAAAUGAAUUCUGAAGUCAGUCAAUAUACACCUGCACUAGAGGAAAAAAGAAAAAUCCCCUGUCCCAGCUUCUACACUUCUGACCCUGUCAAAGUUCUGGAUGUGCAGUGGCUGAAAACGUUUGUGUUUGCUGUGGUCUAUGCUGCUGCAGACGGGUCCCUUGAGACCCCUCCUGAGCUCGUAUUGAUCUCCCUUCCUAAGAAGGAUGAGAGGCCGGAGACAAAGUAUCUGAACUUUAGUGACACGGUGUACGGCAGCUGCACGGAGCGACAACACCACUACUUCCUUAGCCAUGUGGAGGACUGGGACCUCCUGUUUGCAGCAUCAGCGGCCUCCAUUGAAGUCAGUGUCAUAGCCGCCAGACAAGAGGACAAGAACUGGGAGCUUUGGAUCCUGGAAGAUGCGAGUAGAGCUGAGCUUCCAGUGACGGAGACGAGUGAAGACACGCUGCCUCUCGGCCUAGCCAUAGACUACACCAGCCAGCAGGCGAUCUACAUCACCGAUGAGAAGACCUUGCCCCCUGCGCCCACCAUGCUGAUGCUGUCCACGGAGGGGAUACUCUGCCCAUUUGCUCUGCUAAACCUCAAUCCUGGUGUUAAGCAGCUGGUCGCACCCCCAUCUGUUCUCGCCCUGGACGGGGAGAGACCGCCCAUGCCAGGUGCUUUGGCUGCCCAACCACCCAAAGUCGCUGCCUCCAUCCCAUCUGCCUCCAUCCCAUCUGCUCCAGCGACAUUCCCAAAUCUCAGUUUUCCUCCAGUUGCUGCUCCCGCUCUUCUGGCCCCUGCUGCCGCUCCCUCUGCUGCCCCGUUCAGCGUCGCUCCCGCACCUCCCGUGUCCUCGGCAUCAUCGUCCAGCUUCGCUUUCUCGGUCCCAACUACCUGCGCCUCCUCUGCUCCUCCAGCUUUCUCCGUGGCGACAACCGCACCUUUUGGCUCCGGACCCUCCAGCUUCUCCUUUGCCAAACCUCCCUCUGAUACUCCCUCAGCACCUUCAGCCUUUUCUUUCGCCCCACCCAUCAAACCAGCAGCGGUGGCAUCUCCACUUCCAACUCAGACACCCCAGAGUAUUGCCGCUGCCUCCCCGCCAACAGUGAAACUGAAUCUGGCUGAUAGGUUUACAGCAUUGGAGACACCAGCACCAUCUCCACAGUCUUUGUCCUUCAAUCCCUCAAUGCCCAAACCAGUGACCCCCAUUUCCAGUAGUUUGACCGCCCCUCCACCAUCAGCCGCUAAACCUCCAGCUGUAAUGGCUCCAGUGCGUCCAGUUCAAAUCAGCACGCCCCCCACAGUCGUCCAGAAGCCGGCUCCUGCUCCUGCUGCACAGGGCCGCGUCCAAACACCACAGGCAGCUGUUAGUAUCAAGGCCUUGGAGAAGCAGCUACAGCAAAAGAAAGACUUUGAUCCAAUUAUGGUUGGCAUAUUUGAAGAGAUCGCACACUUCCAGAAGGAGUUAGAUGAUCUGAAGAUUCGAAGCUCUAGAGCUGACUUCAAGGUCGGCACAAAUGAUGAGAUGAAGGAGCUGAGGAAGGAGUCAGAGGACCUCCAUAUUUUCACCCUCGAGAUAAAGGAGACAACAGAGUCUCUCCAUGGGGACAUUGGUACACUGAAGACCACCUUACUGGAGGGCUUUGCUGGGGCAGAAGAGGCAAAGACCCAGAGUGAGCUGAGCAGAGACAGAAAUUACAGACAGCUGCUUUACAAAAAACCUCUGGACCCCCGCAGCGAGGAACGACUCAAGGAGAUACGAAGGCUGUACCAGUACAUCAUGUUUGCUGUGGAAGAUGUCAAUGAUGUUUUGGAUGUGGAAUGGGAGAAACACCUGGAGAAAAAGAAAAAACAGAAACACAUGGUCGUGCCAGGGCGUGAGGGUCUGUUCACUACGUUGGCCAACAACCUGUACAUCAUCAACCAGCAGAAGAACAGACUGGACCAGUUGGUCAAACAGCUCACUUCUCUGCGCCUCUACAACAAGACUACCGCUCCAACUAUAAGCUGCAGUGCUGCUGCUGCAGAAACUGCUACUGGCUUGGAAAGCGAGAUUGAGAGUUUAAGGGAUGCACUCCUGAAAGCCAGGCUGGACACCAACCCUCCUAUGCCCAAACCCAAGUCUCCAGUCAAGAUAUCGCCAGUGAAACAGUCCCAGUUGCGUAACUUCCUCUCAAAGGGGCAGAUGCCUCCUGUCCGCUCGACUGCACCAGCCAACCUGUCCCGCUCAGCCUUCCUGUCCCCUAAAUACUACGAGGACUUGGACGAUGUGAGCUCUUCGUCCUCCCUGUCCCUGGAGCCCCACCCAGCUGACUUGGAGAUGGAGGAAGAGGAGCUACAGUUGGCACCCCUUCCCCUUUCUGUCCUUCCUCCAGCAUUGUCCACCCCCCGCCACCCCACAGUCGUGAGGACCCCCUCUAUCCAGCCAGGCUUCGGGGCCAUCCAGUCCACCCCUUUGACCAAAAUGCACUCAGUGCAGGGUUUGGGCUUUGGACUCAGCCCUAUUGCCAGCCCUGUUCCGAGCAAUAAGAUUAACCUGAGCGGGGCUGAUAGCACUGCCCUCGCCACAAAGACAGUGAAACAUGGAGCCCCCCCGACUGACAGGAGCGUCCCCGCACAGCAGGCUGCAGCCACUGCCGCCCUACGCAGACAGAUGGCCAAUCAAAAGACAGCCGUUGUCGGUGCAUCCUUGACAGAAUCCACUCUGAAGAACGUGCCUCAGGAGCUCAAGGACAAAGGGCCUCCCAUGCCACAGUCCAAUAUCAUCAGCUCAUCAGCAGGAGACUCAGGAGCUUCGGUCUUUUCAACAGUUUCGUCUCACCAGGCCAAACGAAAUCCUAGCCAAGGUUUCCAGAAGAUGUCCAAUGAAAGCAACCCACAGUCGAGCUUUGUGUUUGGUCAAUCAUCCAAAACAGAGGCUCCAGUGGCUCCUGCUAGCACCGCAGAGCAAAACACCAGCAAAUGUUUCGCCUUCGCAUCAGGGGCCACUGGCUUCAGUUUUUCUUCUGUUACACCGGCAGCUGGAGUGCCACAAGUUAACGAUGCGAAUAAAUUCUCCUUUGGUGGAAAUGGUAAGAUGAUGUUUGGCCAGUCGGCAGAGGAGCCAUUCUCCCUCACCCCAAAGUCCCCCUCCCCUGCUCUCGGCACCGCCUCCCCCACCCUGCCCCUAAACAUGCCAGGAGACAAACCGGCCCUGAGGACAGAGCCACAGCCCCUGAAGCCCAUUGGGGGGGAAACUCUGGGCAUCUUCUCUGGACUACGUGUGGGCCAUGGAGAAGAAGCCCAGGAUGCAUCCGCCAAACCCACCGCUGGCUCAUUUAGCUUUGAGGAAGCUGGACUCGGUCUAGGCAAGGGAGCGGCGCAGUUUAGCUUUGCUCCAGGCCCACAAAAGUCUGCAGACGAUUCUGCAGGAGCGGACCUGUCCAAGGGGGCAGCGUCGGGGAGUUUGUUCAAGCCCCCUGAACAAAACCCCAAGCCGGCCUUCUCCAUCCCUCAGUCCGGUUUAACGGCCUUGGCUUCACCUACGUCUUUCAGCAGUCUUCUUGCGGCUUCUCCAGACCCUUCAGAGGAGCUGAAAGGUUCCCCACCACCUUAUGAACCCACCCCACCUCCAGCUGUAGAGAGCCCCAGCCCCCCUGCAGCCCCCGAGCCUGCAGAGGAUGCAGCUGCCACAGAAUCCACAGCGAUUACAGCACCAUCGCCCUCACCUCCUUUGGCCGCAACCUCCCCGCCCCCAUACCCUCCCUCCUAUUUCACCGUCCCAGCUGAUGCAGUCCCACCAGCCAGUGCGGCUCCCACAACAGAAGCCCCCCCAGACAGCACCACGACCGCUAGUCCUGUGCCCACAUCUGCUGCCCCCGCCCCUGCUGUAGCACCCACCCCUGCUGUAGCUCCAACAGCCUUCCAGGUGCCCAGUUCUGACAAACCAGGCUCCAUUUUCACUCAAACGACCCCCACAAUAACGGACAGCAGUUCCCUCGGAGCUACACCAGUUAUCAGCACAGUUGCCGCUGCGGGCACCACCCCUACCUCCACUGUUGUUAGCACAGCUACUACUGCUAGCACUGUGUUUGGGCAACCUGCUGCCCCUCCAGCUUCCUCUGCCCCCCCAGCUUCCUCUGCCCCCCCAGCCCCCUCAGCCCCAGGGUUUGGCUCAACUGUGUUUGGUACACCCUCUGCACCUGGUUUUGGAAAUUCUGUGUUUGGCCAGGUGAGUGGCUUCGGCCAACCUGCCACCAACACUGAAACACCUGGCGGCUUUUCUUUUGGCCAAUCUGCAUUUGGUGCGAGUUCUAACAGCGCAACUACUGGAGGAAGUCUCUUCGGUGCCGCCACUGCCACCAAUGCCAGUUCCUUCUCCUUCGGCACGAGCAGCGCCAACACAGCCAGCAGCACCGGGUCAGGGCUGUUCGGACAAACCACAGCACCGGCAUUUGGCCAGAGCUCUGGAUUUGGGCCAGGGCCUGUGUUUGGGAGUAACACCACCACAUCUUCAUCUACAGGAUUUGGAUUUGGACAGCCCUCAGCUUUUGGCUCUGCUGCGGCCCCUGUGUUCGGCCAACAAUCUAGCAACGGAAGUGUAUUUGGACAGCAGCAGCAACAGCAACAGCAGCAGCAGCAACAACAGCAGCAGCAGCAGCAGCAGCAGCAGCAGCAGCCAUCGUCUGGUGGCAAUCUGUUCGGCUCAAGUUCAGCCAACGCAGCGGGACAAACCGCUGGACUCGGAUUCUUCUCUGGACUCGGAGGCAAACCCAGCGAAGAAGCUGCCAACAAGAACCCAUUCGGCACCGGUGCUUCCCCCGGAGGGUUUGGGCAGCCUGCUCAGACAGGUGCCCCCUCUCUGUUUGGGACUAGCAGUGCCAAGUCCUUUGACUUUGGGCAGAGCACCUUUGGGGAGCAGAAACCCAGCGGGACCUUCACCACCGGGGCAGGGAGUGUCGCAGCACAGGGAUUUGGCUCCUUCUCAUCUCCGGCAAAAUCAGGUGGUUUCGGCAGUGCUCCGGUGUUUGGGAGCCCCCCUUCCUUUGGGAGUUCCCAAGCUUUUGGUGGUGGAGCAUCGUUCGGAUCGACCCCUUCCUUCGCCAACCCCAUGGUCCCCUCCGCUAGUAAAGUGUUCGGAGAGGGAACAACGGCCUCCAGCAUGGGAGGGUUUGGGUUUGCCUCACCACCCAGCGGCCCAUCCUUUGGGUCCCUAGCCAGUCAGAGCGCUCCGUCGUUCGGGGGCCUGGCCCAGCAGAGCCCUGGGUUUGGGACUCAGCCCAGCAGCUUCUCCGGCUUUGGACAGCAGCCACAACAGGCGGGAGGAUUCCCCGGGCACACAAACACCUUUGGGUCUGCUAACCAGCACAGAUCCACAUGAGAGAUUAAAGGAGGAAGGGGGUUCCACAUCCACGUCAACAUACAGGACCACGUGACCGCACAUCAACAGCUGGGACAACUCAACAACAUCGAUGUGGAAAAUGGCUGUGAUAGAGCAUUAUUUGAAUCAUUUCAAUCUACUUUUUUAGACCUGACUUCUCCCUUUUUUAAGCUGUUUUAAAUUGUUUAAACUGCAAAGAGAUAGAAAUUAAAGCACCAAUGACUAGAAAGAAGACUAGUAUGUUUUAUUCAUGUAUUUUAAGGGAUUCAUAUUAACAUAAGUUCAUGAUGGUCUCGGCAGGCAAAGGUCAGAUGAGGUAAAGAUGAGCUUUAAUUCUUUAAAGCAUCCCACAGGAGCUGCUGGUGAUUUCUGCUUUCAUUACAAAAGCCUUGGCAGAGUGUAGGGGGGGGGUAGGAUCCAACUAUACGCUGUAAUUACUCUGAUGGUAAUUAAAGUCUCCCUAUAAUUGUC